UGGUGCACCAUGCGGCGUCAUCUUCCCUCGACCCGGAAGUAAAGGCACUAGAUGUUAGCAGGACUCGGCGUUGUGGAUGUUAAAGCUCAUCUGGUGACUGGAGUCCUCUGACCGGAGAGAUUUAACACUCUUUGGAGUGAGUCGUGUUCCUGUGCCGGCAGAGCCAUGUCUCCCGAUGAGCUGGUGUACUUGGGGAUUCUCGCUGCCUCCAUCCCAGCUGGAUUCCUCUUCCGUUACCUCAGUCCGCCAGGGAAGCAGGGGGCAGCUCUUCUCCUGGGCCUCUCCAUCACCAUCGCCACCUGCAACAUCCACACACUCCACUCUCUGGUGACGGUGAUUGGAACAUGGAUCAUUAUAAAGAGCAGCUGGAGACAUGCCCCAGCACUAUGUCUCAGCUGGACUUUCCUCUACCUGCUCUUCUUCCGGCUGGUCACCUGGUUCGGUCUCCCCCCACCGACACCUUUCGCCAACGCCGUCCAGCUCCUUCUCACCCUCAAGAUGGUGAGUUUAGCCAAUGAGGUGAAAACUUUCCACAUGGAGAAGAAAAUGGACGUGAGCUCUUUUUCUAAGUCCCCUGUGGUCGGUGGUCUGUCCGAGGAGCCCUCUCUCUACGAUAUUCUGUCCUAUAGCUACUGUUAUGUCGGUAUAAUGACCGGUCCCUUCUUUCGCUUCCAAACGUACGUUGACUGGCUGACGCAGCCGGCGCCGCUGGCCCUCCCCGGCUUGGCACCGUGCCUGCAGCGGUUGAAGCUGGUUCCGGUCUACGGCGCUCUGUUCCUGGCCGUAAACUCCGUCUUUCCUCUGGCUUAUGUUCGCACAGACGACUUCCUGGAUCAAAACUAUUUCUUCAGGUUGUUCUACAUGGUAGCUGUGUUCUUCGUGUUUCGGAUGCGUUUCUAUGCGGCCUGGUGUGGAGCUGAGGCCGGUUGUAUCAGUGCAGGUCUGGGCUGUUAUCCAGAAAAGGCGCUGUCCAAACCGGGAGGAGGACCCACACUCAACUACAGUCCUGAUCCCUCAGUUGAAGAAGAAUACGACUUCAAAACCAUCCAGAACAUUGACUGCUACAACACGGACUUCUGUGUGAAGGUCCGACACGGCAUGCGUUACUGGAACAUGACGGUGCAGUGGUGGCUGCAUCACUACAUCUACCCCAACUCCCCCUUCAAAGCCUACGCUCUCAAGGCGGGCUGGACUAUGUUUAUCAGCGCCUACUGGCACGGACUACACGUUGGCUACUACUUCUCCUUCCUCACCAUCCCCCUGUGCAUCGCAGCCGAGUCGGCCAUGGAAGCCUCCGUCCGAGCCAAACUGGGUCCUCGUGGCCAGAACAUCUUCGACUGGGUCCACUGGUUCUUGAAGAUGAGGGCCUACGACUACAUGUGCAUGGGCUUUGUGCUGCUCCAGGCCUCCGACACUAUCAACUACUGGACGUCCAUCUACUUCAUCAUGCACAUCAUCGCUGUUUGCUGCAUAGUAGUGGGCAGGGUGCUGGGGGGAGGGAGAAGGGAAGGGAGGCGAGGGGAAAAGGAGGGGAAAAGAGAGGGAGGGAAAGUAGAAGAAGUGAACGAGAAACCUGGAGAAAAAACAGACUAAAGGCAUGAUAAAAAUAACGAGGUGAUGCUUUUUCAGGCAUGAGGAGCUAUUUUCAUCAUUUGCACCAACACUCACAACACCAAUACGAGUCCAACCAGAUUUCCAGUGAGAAAAGUUCAACUCAAUUUUAUUAAAUGCAAAUGCGCCGAGUCAGACAAAAAUGUCACAUGUAAAUCGUCGCCACUGGAGACUUUUCAUAUUCAAGGACUGUGAACACUGGUGGAGGAAUGUUUGAGCACAAUGAAUGUUACUUUUGUAUUGUGAGAGGUAACCUGGGCAUCUGCCUGUACUUACUGUGUGAUUUACUUCAAGAUAUCAUGCUCAGUCCUAAGUGGGUUUGGAGCUGAAUCGCUCGUCAUUGACAAACCAGUGUAACCAUCAGAAUUAUCUUAUGUACUUACCACAACCAACAAAUCAUUCCAGCAGCACUCAGUAUUGUGUUACAGUACGUUUAUACUGGAGUAAAGGAUGAAUGGAUAGUGAUGGAAAACACAUUAGCAUGGCAUCAUCUUGAGGGCUCAGCUGUAAUGGCCUGAGUCAUAAUACCAGUCCCUCUGUAGAUAGAUAGAAACAUCUCUAUGUUGCCCCUAAACUAGUCUAGUCUUGGCCAGGAGAAGAGGUCUUCACGUGGAGCCCAAACUUACAGGAAUGUUUUGACCUUUAAAGCUAGGGUAAGUAGGCCUGAAGAAGCUAAGAGCAGCAUACAUUUGCUACCGAUUCAUUACAUUUGGCCAUAGACGUCAGCAUUUUAAAAUUUUUUUCAUCUAUGGCUUUCAGGACGUGAAGAGGAUUUCAACAAAUAAUGUGUUUAAGUGUUUAAGAGACCAACUUAACAACUUUACCUUUAACCACACACGGCUCGCCGCCGCCCCUCUCCUCCUGGCUUCCAGCUCACCGGGCUGAUACAGCCAUGCCUUGAACUUCCUAGGCAACUCCACAUUUGUUGAUUAUCCUCAACCAGACGUCUGUUUGCUUUUCAAGCAAUUUCAAUUGAGGAUGUUGUUUUUGUCUGAGCAUGUGUGAGUGUAAUUUCUAAAUUGUAUGGAACAAAAAGGAUUUUGCUGCUGUUGGCAUUUCAAAUCAACACCAACAGCAAACAGCCUCAACUAAAUUGAGUUUCUAGUUAGAUGUAGAUGUUGCAGUAAUACAUGGAUUAUGGUGCACAGUGGAACUAGUUUGGUCUUGACAGAGCACAGCAAGGUCCAGAUUACAUCUAUAUCGCUGCCCAACAACACAAGGACCUCUGUAUGUGUUUAGAUAAGCUGAAGAAUUUUCGGCAUUAUUAUUAGUGGCUAAUUAUUUCUGUGUAAAAUAGUUUUCUCCCCUGAUCCUGUGAAUCCAAGAUGUUUCUCUGUUUGUAUUAGAUUUUUCCUCUCAGCUCAUAUCAGGGUAUCACAUGCACUGACAUCUCUAUAGCAGUGUUGCAUCCAGUGAGGAGAAUGCCAUGUGAAAAACAGCAACAGUCCAUUCACUGCCAAAAUGUCUGUACUGCCAUCGGGAGACCAUUCAGGGUUGGGACCAAACGUUUGAUACAAAAUGUGGCACGUUAACAUCGUAUAAGAAAAAGAUCCCAACGUCAGGAAAACAGCACAGUUACGUCUGGACGAUACAGUGGAAUUGAUAUCACUAUGUUAAAUACAAUGUUUUCCAGUAUUGAUAAAUGUCACAUUAUUAGAAAAUAUAGCAAAUCACACAAGACUAAUCUAAGGUUAUACAUAAAAAAAAAAGAACAAACUGAAGCAGCAGAAAUGUGACGAUUUUUGGAACAAUAUGCUUCUGCCAAAAGACAAUUGUUUUUUUAAAUGAGCAUGACUGAAUGCAGAAUCAAAACAUCAUUACAUAGAUUUUAUGUUUUGCUGCUUCCCUUUGUCGUUUCUGUGCCAAGCCUCAACCCUUACAGAAAUGCUUUUAUUUUAUUUGUAUUAUUAUUACAGAGUGAUGUUUUGUUUACGUGUCUUUGCCUUCGUAUCCUUCACUAACUGUAACACUCCCUGCUCUGUUAGUGUUACAUGUGGAAUGACCCCACUUCAGCCAGUCCUCACCAAUGUUACGUGUCUUUCUUCUCUUUUAAAAGUCUACCUGAUGUGGUUGUGAUUUAAUUAUUUGUUCCUUAUAAACUUCAUGGUGACUUUGUGUAAUGCAUUAAGAUAAAACUUGUGGAAAAAG